UGUUCUUGGGGGCCAGGAAUGCUCCUGGAGGAGAUCCGGCAGGGCACCAUCGAGCGGGAGUGCAUUGAGGAGGUCUGCAGCUAUGAGGAGGUCAAGGAAGUGUUCGAGAACAAGGAGAAGACGAUGGAGUUUUGGAAGGGCUACACCAACUCGGUCUACUCUGUCAAGGACCCUGGGCACAGUACAGAGCGCUCAGACGCUAUGUACGUGGUGGUGCCCCUCUUGGGAGUGGCUCUUCUGAUAGUCAUCGCCCUCUUCAUCAUCUGGAGGUGCCAGCUUCAAAAGGCCACCCGCCACCGCCCUUCCUAUGCCCAGAACCGUUACCUGGGCAGCCGAACGGGACGCAGCCUCCCCAGGGUCAUGGUGUAUCGGGAGCGGUCGCAAAGCCAAGGGGAAACCCAGUAUCAGCGAGAAGCGAGCAACCGCAUGGCUGGAGACGGCAGAGCUGCGGGCAUGCCCCAGCAAGACAGCACCCUCUACCCGCCAGAGCAUUCAGUCUCUGUCCUCUCCAGACUGUCCAGUGCCACCCCUCCCCCUUCCUAUGAGGAGGUGACGGGCCAUCCGGAGAGCAGCAGUGGCGAAGAGACCAGCGUCUCCUACAAUGACCCGCCGCCCAAG